AUGAAUGGUUCUUCCACUUCUGCAAUUGAAAUAAGCCUCUGGUGCACUUGGGCCCUGACAGUGACUCACGAGGCAUGUGAAUAUACUGCACAGAAAUUCAAUGCAGAGAAGACAGGAGGAGACCCAGUGAUACCUUCUCCUAACCUAGACACUGAUCUAGUGAUGGCCUGCAAUCAAUUGGUAGAUCGCCUCAUAAAGGCAUAUAAAAAUCCGAUUCAGAUGAACAUCGACAUUGCAAGAUAUAGCAAAUUGAUCUCCCCAAAGAACACCAGGCACAAUGAGGAGAAAGAGGAGAAGUUGCUUAAGAGAUGUCCUCCUGGCCAUGAGGGGAUAAGAUGCCCUGACAGCCGAAACACAGAAGGAAAUUUGGGCAGCCACCAAGUUGCUGUCUCUGAGUCUGGAAAGAAGUAUGAAGGUCGAUGGGAAUUGAAUCUAGCGGACCCAGAGGUAUCUGCAUCAUUAAAGGGACCAUUGUCUGAGGGAAUCCUAAAUGCCAUUGCAAGGCCAGCAGCCAUUGCAUCAGCAGCACUCAGGAUCAUGCAUCCAGAGCAGUACUGGGCAGGGUUACGAACAUUUUCAAGCCUCGGAGAAAAUGCAGAAAGCAAGGAACUGCCAAGAAUGUCCAAGAUCCUGGAGUACUGGGCAUCCGUGUUUAACACGCUAUCCAUCAUUUCCAAUCAUCAAACCCCGUAUCAUCUAGACCAUUUAUCAAUUCCUGAACACUUUGAUAUUCUCACUACCAUGGGGAAUUAUUCUAAUGCUCAGAUGAGCAUGCCAAGCCUUCAGCUGGAGUUCGGGUACGAUCCCGGGUGUAUGAUUGGAUUUUCUGGAAGGAUUGUCAGACAUGGGGUUCAUGAGGUGGAGGGGGAUAGGGUUGGGUGGGCAUGCGCGAGAGAGUGGGGUUUCAGUUGUGGCAAUGCUAAGAAGAACGGUCUGUUGCAAAAGGAACCUACAAGUCAAAAGGGCACAGAGAAGCAAAGAAAUACUCAGAUCCUAUCGACAGUCAUCAAGGCCAGGAGCUCGGUAACCGGGUCUCGGCACUCGGGUCUUGAUAUUUGGACCUCAGUAGUUAAAUGCCGGGAGUCGGGAAUCGGUAAUGGAGAUCCGGAACUCGAAGUUCAAUAUUCGGCAGUCAACAUUCGGCACUCAACGCUCGGACCUCGGAACUCGAUAUUCGGAGCUCGGUAA